CUCGCCUGCUGCCGGGUCACAUUACAGCCAUGCAAAACAGCAGGGUGAUACGGUGGUGGGGUGAAUUAUCAGCCGCUGCACUUCUUACGGGUUCUGAAUCCGGACCUCAUCCGAUCUCCAGAUGACAGCCUCUUCAUCUGGAAUUUUUUUUUAAAACGUUCUCCUAAUCCAAUUGUAACCUAUUUGAUGAGUUCUGAAGCUGCAUGGUGUCCAUUACUGUUAGGAAUUAACCACACAGAAAGGAUUUUUCAAAGGUGUAUCGAUUGGAGGCGCAGGUCCCAUUAUUACUUUGUCACAGUUGCCUGCUCGAGUCCAGGGAUCUCUAGCCCUCCACUGCUUGUGUUUAUCAUCAAAGAAAUAUUGCUGAAGACAAAAUGCAACAGCCGUCAGCUCCAAGCACCGUUGAUGCAUUAGAUGCAGCAGGACAGUUUGCAAAAAGGAGGAGGACAGCGCUUUGGUUCACAAUCGCUCUUCUAGUGCUGUCUCUUAUCAUUCUGGUGUUGGGCAUAGCGGCGGGCACACGCACAGGCAAUGUGGAUGUGGCUGGUUAUUACCCAGGGAUCAUUCUCAGCUUUGGGUCUUUUCUGGCCCUCGUUGGGAUCAAUCUGGUGGAGAACAGAAGACCAAUGCUGGUGGCAUCGAUAAUUUUCAUCAGCAUAGGAGUGAUUGCCGCAUUCUUCUGUGCUAUUGUGGACGGGGUCAUUGCGGCAGAAUUUAUUGAUAGAAGACCUCUGUCUGAAGGCAGAUGCCAGUUUUAUUCCAGUGGUUCAGGUUAUGCCUAUGACAACUAUCACACAGAGGUUUUAUGUUAUACCUUCAGCAGUAAGUGCAAGCUGAGGGUUAAGAGUAACACUUGUUACUGCUGUGACUUGUACAACUGUGAAAGCCCUGAGCGCUACUCAAAAUACUAUGAAUACACGGGAGUGAGCAGCUGCAUGGAUGCCAGUCACCUCUAUCGCCUCCUGUGGGCCUCUGUCGUGCUCAAUGUGCUGGGGCUGUUCCUUGGAAUUGUCACGGCCGCGAUACUCGGAGCGUUCAAAGACAUUAAGCCAGUGUCCCAGAUCAACUGCAGCUCUGCUCCUCCUCCUCCUCCUCCCCACAUUCUCUACAACCCUGCUCAACAAGUCUUGACCUACGCUGGUUUCUGCCCCUCUAACCAAACGCUUCCAGCCUACCCCAAUUACCCACUGCCAGUCCAGCAUCACAGCAGUUUCCAAGCACCAUCUUCAACUGACACCCCUCUGCCUGAUGACAGUCAGACCCCCUCCCAGGCCUCCACCAGCUACAUGCUUUCUCCCAACGCUCCGUCUUUGUACACACCCCCCUACAACCCUGGAGAUAAACCACCACCGUAUGCUUCCUGAGAACAUGCUUCAAUGUCUCUGUGAAGACCAGUAGAACAUCACGUGCUACUAAGAACACACAGCGACUGCGUGCAGUGAUCACUCCACUUCUCGUGCACUGUGAGCAGACAAGACCAUUCCAGCCUGCUGUUUGUAAUGUGGAUUUUAAGGCAAACAAGUUUCUUUACUUUAAAUUACUGUGAAGUCUGCAUGCCGCCAAUCAUGUGUUCAUUUUAAUCUCAUUUUGUAAACAUGUAGGGGGUUUUCUCAAGAGAUCUGGUAACAUCCACUGUUUAGAUUACAGAAUCAGGCCCUUUUUAAAUAGGUAUUAGUAUCUCAGUGACUGUAUUGAAUGCUUGGUUUUGUUUUUUUGUUAUGAGCAGUCCAGAUUAUUAGCAGUGGUGGCUUUUGGGUAUACCACUGUUUAGUUCAGUUGAAGAGACCUCAGAGUAUCAAAAUGUAUUGUCUUCAACAACCAAACAAAAUAUACAAGGAGGCAAUAUUAAUAUAUUCAUUUAUGUUGUUUAUUUAUAUCUAUACCAUAUCCAACUUGCAUACAGUUAGUUUAUUUGUACACAACAUGGGCAUAUAUCAUUGUCACAUAUGUUUUAAAGUUUGUUUUGUGAACUGUUGUAAUAAAAAAAUAGCUCAUGAAAAUUAAAUGAAAUCCUCAGAUUCUUGCAAAACCCGUGUUUUAAAAUCUAAAGAUUGUUUGUCUUACAGAGUUAGUAAGCAACAUCAAAAUUCAGUUUAUUACUGUCCCUAUACCUUUAUGAUGUGUGUAAUAGUUCUGAGUGGUCCUUAAGUCUGUGUUAAAGUGCUACUCUUCUGUCCUAGUGGCUUCUGUAAUAUUCACUAGAUCAGCCAAACAACACGACUUCACCCAAAGUGGCAGAUUCCUAGGUGGCGCUGUUUUUUUAAAGGCACUUUUUAUAGUAUAUCAAUGGCAGGCAAUUAGAACUGAAGACCAGCUCCUGAACCCAGAUUUAAGCACCAGAAAGAUGGUCAUUUGAAGAUACUUAGUCUUUGAGAUGUAUGUUUCCCUUUUGGGGGGGCUCUAGAGAAUUCAAGUUAGAAACAUCAUGAUACUCGGAAGCCCAGUCAGUAAGGCUGACCCUUUUUGGAGAUUGCUGUGUAGGAAUUGUAAAAAGCCAAUAAAGCCCUCUGUUGGAGACAGGGGUACUGCAUGCAUGCUUUGUAGAACAGCUGCUGUUGAUUAUGCAUGCUUUGGGAUUAAUUUCACUUACUGUGAUGUUGGCUAGGUAUUGGGAUGUGGGAAGUCAAGGCAAUGUUAUGCUUUCAGAAGAGUGGUAUCAUGUAUGUGGGUCCAAGGAAUAGAAAAGGAACAAAAACAUUGUUAUUAGUAUUUAUUUCUGUUUUGUCCCUCAAAUAUUUAUGUCAGCGACAAACCAUGACAUUCAAACCAAAGGCUUUUAGAGUAAAGUUAAAGUAAAAUAAUUGCAAGGAUUAUACAGCGUGUCCCAUGAUCUCAAUUUUAUAAAUCAGCACAUGUUGACUAACAAACUGGCACCCUUGCAUCAUAGCAGAUCUGCACUCCCAAGUAAUAUCGCCUCACACUUACACUGCUUUCGUAAUUAUCCAAAUACAAACCUGUUCUCAUCUGAGGCACCUGCUGAUCACUGUGUGUGCACAUAAAAUAAUGUGACAGCUAACUAUUCUAUAAAUAUUGCAAUUCCUAAGAGAAAUUCCCAAAUCAAAAUUGAAGUACCAGCACCUGUAAGAAACAACAAAAAAAAAACUUAUUUUAUUUUUGAUAAAAAUGAUGUUCAAUACCUUGUAUACUAGUUAAAACAUACAUUUCCCAAUAACCAAAAAACACAGAGGGACUAUUACAGUAAGAAAACACAAAAUAGAUCAGAAAAAAUAUACAUGAUUAAAAAAACAAAAAUGAAACACACCUCCAAACAAAAAAAAAAAACAGAAGGAACAUUUUGAAGCUAAAAAGGUAAUGGAUACAGUUGGCUUACUCAAAAACAGCACACAUGCGAACAUCGCUGAACACAGGCAAAAUGUUGAUUCUAACUCAUCUAAAUAUUACCAUAACUGUACUUAUCGUGGUUCAUCAGUAUUACUGAACAUUUCUGGGCAGCAGUCCGCUAGUUAAAGUGAUAAUUCAGAUCUGAUCUUCAUGUAUCAGUGGUUUUCUAAAGCUCCUCCACCAGUCAAGGAUGUUGUGCUAACCUGCAGUACCAGCUGUGAACUGGUUAGUGCCUUACAGCUCAUAUACGGUACACAGCUACACAUUUCACUUCAACCCCCCCUUUUCUCACCACUUUCUAAUCUUUCUGAUGUUUGCCAUCACCACAUGCAGAAUCAGAGCUACACUGCCAGUAUCAAUAAAAAGUAGAUCACUGAGAAAUACAUCCACAGUAUGUAAAAAUGAUAGAAUAUCCUGAGUUUCAUCACAAUUGGAUAGGCGGUUAUCUAGAUUUAAAAUAUAAAUAAAUUAAAAAAAACACAUUGUGACAUACAUACAGUACUUCUACCUUAUGGUAUAUUUCAAUUUCAUCAUCAUCAGAUAAACAGUUUUCUAGAUACAUAUGUCAAUGUGGCAUAUGCAUAUAGGCACAUACAAAGGGAACAGGUUCAAACAAAAACUUGGGCCAUUUGUGGCACUGGAGGACUGCUGAAGGGAACCACUGAUCAGAACUCUGCUGAGGGAUUGUCCUUGGUUUGAACUUGUACUGCUAACCUUGAAUCACCUGUAUUAGUGCUCACAGUACCCUAUAUUCACCUGCAUGAUUCCAAAAUAGUUACAGUCAAGCAUUCCGAUUUAUUUACACCUAUAUUACACAUGCACUGCACAGAGAAUCAAACAAACAAACAAAAAAAAAACCCUUUUGCAAAUGGCAUGUUUAAAUAUCAGUAGCUCCUACGACACUGUGCAUUGCUCCAGUGAAGACGUACAUGAUGUGACGCAAGCAAA